AAAUGUUCCAUCUUUUACAUGAUGGAGAAACAAAAUUUCCUGGCACACCUAAAGAGCAGCAGGUUUAGACUGGCUUGCUCAGCAAAACUAAGUGAGACACUUGAUUUAGUGCAGUUUUACUGUAUGCUUAGCAAUUCAACAUUAGAGUACCUUCCAUUAAUACAGUAAGAAUUAUCUGUCAUGUUGAUGCUUUCCAUACAGGGGAAAAAACAUGCAUGCAUGUGAACACGAGCUAGGAAAGGCUGUAAUUUGAAGGUUUGUUUAGGGUGGUUUUUAGCAUACUUGUCGCAAUGUAUUAGAAAAGGAAAGGUCAAAACCGAAAAAAACCCACCAACAAACCCUUACUACAUCCUUUUCUUAUCCAUAUUUUUAUUAUCUUUACUAAUUAUUUAUACCACAAUUAUAUUUUUACACUCAAGAUUAUCACUAAAGCAGAAAAAACAGAUCCAUGUUUUGUUACCAUAUUUCAGAGCCAUCAUUAGUCAAUUUUAUCACUGUCCACUGCUUACUAAAUAAGGGCAAAAGUAUUACAGUGUUAGCAGUGUUACAGUUCCUGACUCCACUCCGCAUGUAUUUCAAUACACCUCUUGAGCAACAGUUUAUCUGACCACAAACAUUUAGCAAAUUUGAAAUGUUUUACCAUCACUUCAAAGACUGACUGAAUCCAUCUCUUCAUUAGGAAAAGAAGAUGACUUCUGCUGAGAAACCGCUUUCACGUUCCAACACCGAGAUAAAACAACCUCCUCACCCGCCUCUCUGCGCAAAUCCUGGAAAUCCUGUGUUUUCCUGCAUGCUGGACCCCAAAACACUCACAACCAAUAGUUUUUUGACAAAGCCUCAGAUUCUAUUGUUUAAAACGACUUCAAGUGAGUAUGGUGCUAUACCACCUACCUCACAGACGGUACCUUGUACUUACCAUCCAAAGGAUCAGACAUUUUCAAAACACUUACACACCUGUGGGUCCUUUAGAAACAGUCAUUUAAACACUGCUCCUGACAGAAGUAGGGUAUAUGACUACCCAAAUUUGCAGCACACUCUGUAAAAAUGCAUCUCUGUCAUUUUCGUAUGUGGUUGUUUAAAGACUAGGCACUUAA